AUGGCGGACCCUCUACCUCAUGGGUUGGUCUCAAACACCGACCAUGUAAGCUCUGAUCUGAAAAGUGCGGACUAUGUUGAGAUCGAAGAUGUCGCAAAGCUGUGGCGAGGUUCUAUUUCAAGGAACUCGCCUUCAACGUUUCCGCGGCUUGCAACAGACUCGGCGUCUGCCUGCAAGGACAGCUCCAGGACACAGUUUUCUGGCAAUGAAUCCAAGAGUCGCAGCCGGACAAGUCUUCCGCCAUCUAUUCUCAAAAAGCCUUCAAGGUCAUCAUCACAACAUCGUCGCAAAAGUACUCGCUUUGCAUUUGAAGAACUUCAAAAUGCCAGGGAACAAGGCGAUGCUUGGAGAGAGUUUCGUUCAUCACCGCGUUGGGCAGAAAUGCCACGCAGCGAGAGGUUUAAUCCGAGAUCUAGAUCCUAUGUUCCGAACCCCGGCCCAGCUCUCUUUCAGCCUGUUCCGGGUAUGCGAAAGUCAGCAGUAAUUUCGGACAAUAGCAUAUUCGAUGAAAGAUACCUGCGCCUCGCUUCAGCUUUCGAUGGUGAAGUUCGUACUCGGAAAUUAACCCUGGAAGCCCUUUCUCCAACCUCCAGGAGUGCAAUAAAACCAAAACCGCCACUCAUGAUCCCUCCACUCGCAGACACCACGUGUGACCAACCGCUGGAUAAUACAUCGCCGCACAACUCUCCAGCGAGCACGCCAUCCACAGAAACCCAGCUCACUCCCAGGCCUAUCCUUCAACGAGCGCCGCCGUGCCCAAAACCACCGCGACCUGCCGAACCUCAUCCAACAACCCCAUUAGUCGAUAAGAAUUUUCGGGCCCGUUUUGUCGAACGACAACCCCGCGAAUCCCCCGUGUCUUCUCUAACCACAUUAAUUUCCUCGAAGGAACCUCCCUCCUUGCCUGGCUCCCCCGCAGCCACCGAUCGAACUGACUUCAUAAUCCAGCCUUCGCAGACCUCGCGUAUGAGAGAUUCUCCUCGCGCAGAAAUGGUACUCGGUCAACCACCAGAAGUAUCGCUCUCCAGGACGCUCUCAGGCUCUCCACCGGCCCCUAUUUCGCGUAGUGGGUCACGACUUCCAGCCCGACAUGGACAAGACAGUCAGCUGAGCAAAUUGAUCGAGGAAAAAUGCAAGGAAUGA